AUGUUAAAAAGUAAAUACGAGCUAAUUUGCACGGCGCUUCUAGCUGUUAUUGGAAUUUGUCAAGGAGGCGGCGGUGGCAGCCACCACAAGAAAGUGAUAAUCCAUGUUCCUUAUAAAGUCAAGCACCACCACCAUACGCACACCGUUUAUAAACACGUGCACCACACUAAACACGUCGGAGGCGGAGGCGGCGAUGGAGGACACGACGAGUACGAAGUCUUAGGCUAUACUUAUGGUGACGCCCAUGGAGGCGGUGGCGGCGGCGGAGGCGGCGUUUUUGUAGGUGAUCACGGUGGUUGGGGCGGUUUCUCAGGCGGCGGACACGACUUCGGUGGUUCCUCCGGCGGAGGCGGCGGCGGCGGUGGUAUAGAAUCGCAUUUCGGAGGCGGUAACGACAUCGGCGGUGGUUCCUCAUUCGGAGGCGGACAUGAUUUCGGAGGCGGUUCUUCUGGAGGUUCAUCCUUCGGUGGUGGACACGAUUUCGGAGGCGGCAGCGGUGGUGGUGGUUCAUCUUUCGGAGGUAGCCACGCUGGUGCUUUAGUGUCUUCCAUUGGUUACGGAGGUUCUAGCGGCGGAGGCGGAGGCGGUGGUUAUGGCGGUUCAAGUGGAGGCGGAUCUAGUUAUGGAAGUUCCGGCGGCGGCGGUGGAGGUGGUUACAGUGUUGUAUCCUCCGGAGGCGGCGGCGGCGGCGGAGGUGGUCAUGAUUUUGGAGGAUCAUCUGGAGGUGGUUUGUCGCACUUGAGUGGCGGUUACGAGACGCAAGAAUACGGAGGCGGAAGUGAAGGCGGUUACCAUUGAUAAUGUAAUAUACAUAU